UUUAUAUUUCAUUAACAACCUACUACCUAAUAUUAAAAUGAAUGUAACAUGACAAUUUUAAAUUAGUUAUUACAACAUUAAUUUGGAAAGCUAACUAGUAGAAAAGUAAAAAAUAAAGUAUUUAUAUUUGUUCUUAAAUAUAUUUUUUUUAAGUAUUUGAUAUGUAUUUUAAAUGCUUUCUGAAUGGAUGUACUUGUAUCUCGGUAUCUAUAAUUAAAUACAAUUUUAAAAGUAUCUAUUACAAGACUGUGUAUUGUUAAUACUCAAUAAAACAUUUAGUAAAUAGCCUUUUGGUAAUAAAUUUUGAUAAAGUCUAGUUUAUGACAUGUUCAAAUAGGUAAUUGGGUAAAAUGUAGAUAUAAAUAAACAUUAUUAAAAGCCAUCUCAGCAUAUUAGAUAGUUAUUGCUGUCAAUGACAGAUAUAAAGUGUAAUGAUUUUUUGUUUUAACAUAAAAUUUGCAUUUAAUUAUUUUAAAUACAAUAAAGAAUAAUGGAAUUUAAUUGUGAUACUUGCAAAAGUCAAUUUUCUACUAAGUUUACACUUACAAGGCAUUUGAAAAAUAAACAUAAUAUAAUAAAUGAAGUAAAACAAAAAUCAUCUAAAUGUAUUACUUGUUCUAAUUUAACAUUUUCUAAAAAAGUAUUAUUAAUUAAUCAUUUAAAUGAUCAUCAUGGAACAUGUAUUGAAAAAGAAAUUAUUAACUUUUCAAAUGUCUCUGAAUUUAACAACUGGUUAAAAGAGUAUGAAUCAAAAAAUAAAUGUGAAUAUGUCCUUCAGACGGGGAAAAAAAAGUCAAAAGAUGGCCAUAGAAGUUACUAUGAGUGUGGUCGAACAGGUGUUCAUAAAGAAAUUGAUAGUAUUAAAAGAUCAAUAAAAUCACAAGGUAGUAAAAAAAUUAAUACCAACUGUACAAGUCACAUAAUAUUAUUUGAGCAUUUAAAUAAAAGUAGUUGUGAUGUAAUAUUCUAUAAAUAUCACUAUGGCCACCAAGAAAGUGAACUUCAACAUAUUAGUUUACCAAUUACUAAAAAGCAUGAAAUAGCAACUAAAUUAUCGCAAGGCGUGGCGAUGGAAAGAAUAUUGGAUGAUUUCAGAGACAAUAUAGGGAGUAACUUAAAAAGAGAAGAUCUUAUUACACGAGCCGAUUUGCACAAUGUCAAACAAAAGUACAAUAUCACCAUACAGGAUGGUCAAUUACACAAAAAUGAUGCUACAAGUGUUGAUAUUUGGGUAGAACAGAUGAAACAAGAAGGAGAAAAUAAUCCAGUUAUAUAUUACAAAAAACAAGGUGAAGUAGAUGGAAACAACAUAUUGGACAUAAAAGACUUUUGCAUUAUAUUAAUGGACCUAAGCCAAAUGCAUAUGUUAAAACAAUUUGGAAAUGGAAAAAUAGUUUGUAUUGAUGGGACACAUGGCCUUAAUGCUUAUGAUUUUGAGUUAGUUACAUUAUUAGUAGUUGAUGAUUUUGGUUCUGGAUUUCCAUGUUGUUAUAUGUUCACAAAUUUAAAGGACACAACAAUUUACACAGUUAUGUUUUCAACUAUAAAAAGUAAAGUAGGUAUAAUAAGUCCAAUUACUUUUAUGACAGAUAUAGUUGAGACGUUUUAUUCGGCUUGGGAAAAUACAAUGGGCUCAGUACCUCACCGUUUAUUAUGUUCAUGGCAUGUAGAUAGAGCUUGGAGACAAAACAUUUGCAAGAUAACUGGACCUACACGCAAAGAAAAACAAGGAAUUAUAUAUAAAACUCUAAAAGUUCUUCAAUCAAUGUGUGAUGAAAAUGAAUUUAAUAAUGCUUUAAAAGAAUUUAACCUUGAGCUAAUGAAUGAUCCAGACACUAGAGACUUUGGCAUAUAUUUUGAUCGCAUGUAUGGCAAUAGAGUUGGUUUGUGGGCAUAUUGCCAUCGAAAAGGUCUAGGUAUAAAUUGUAAUAUGCAUCUAGAAUCUAUGCACAAAACAAUAAAAUAUCAUUAUUUAAAUGGUUGCAAAGUUGGGCGGUUAGAUAAAAGUAUAACAACUAUUAGAAGAUAUACCCGUGAUAAAAAAGUUGAAAGAAUUAUAAAAUUAACUAAGGGAAAAACAAGUACAAGGAUUCAGGAAAUAAAAAAAAGACACAAUAAAAGUACAUUACUUGAACUUACAAUCAAUCUGGAUAGUGAGAAUAACUGGAGUGUUGAAAGUGAAUUUACACCAAGUCAGUUUUAUAAAAUAAAAAAAAAUAAUGAUGAUGUAUGUUGUCCAAUGAUAUGUUCUAUUUGUAAGUUGUGUGUUCACACAUUUCAAUGUUCUUGUCCUGAUUACCAAAUCAAGUCUAUGAUAUGUAAGCACAUACAUUAUGUUGCUCUGAAGACAAUGUCAACAGAAAAUUCUGAAGAUAUUGCUAUUUUGUCAGCAGCAGAUACAGAAAAUAUAAAUUUUGAUGCAACUUCAAACAAAGAUGAUGAAAUACAAGUUCAUAUUAAGACACUUGAAAAAAAAAAAACAGAAAAUAUGCAAGAACAAUUUAAAGAAAAGGCCAUUAGUCUAGCCAAUAAAAUAAACAAUAUAAAAAACAGUGAACAUCUUAAACAAGCAUUAAAACAAUUAAACUCUUUAGAAGCAUUCAUUGAUGCAACAUCAAAUAAUGACGAGACACAUGAAGAUUUUAGUAAGAUAGUAAAUGAACCACCAAAUAAAAAACUUAAAACUCAAGACACAUUCUUCUCUACAAAAAAAAAAAAACAGGAAAAACCUAACGAAUUAAUAAAACCAACGAGAGUUGAAACUGAACAGCUCAAUACUAUACUACUAAAAAAAAAAAAAUAUAUUUUAAGUUGUGACGAAACUGAACAUUCUUAUUUUAAGAAGUAAAAUUAAUAGAUGUUUUUUGAUUUUUUUUUAGCACUUUAAAUAUU